UGUCGUCUGUCAUCGUCGUCGUGGGGUGUAUGUAAACGCGGUUUGCGUCCGUCGCACUUUUUUCUGCACAAGAAAUUCUACAGUAAUAUUUAACGCUCGCAUUUUCACAAUAAAUUUAUUUAAUUUGUUAACUGUGUAACUACAAAAAUUAGUGUGUGUGUUUAUGUUACUAAGCAAAUAAAUAUAUUAGACACAAAUAGGUGGUUUCUGUUUCUGACGCAUACAAAAGCAGCGCAGCGCAAGAAAGGAAUAAGAAAAGAGACAAACUUGAGUGUAGAAGCGGAAUAAAAGAUAUUCCUUUGUGCUGCUGGUUGGAAUUCGGUGGUGCUUGUAUCUGAAUCAUUUAGUGCAGAGUGAACAAACACAAACGGCUCAAAGCUGAAUUAACAUACAAAUAUACGUAUAUUUUCAAUUUACUAAUUUUAACGCAAGUACAUAAGUAAAACACCAAAUUUUAUCAAAUAAUAAAUUUAAACCAACCCAUAUAAAAAAGAAAACAACGAAGGCUGACAAAAAAAUAACAAAAAAGGAAAACACACAAAAUAACUACAAAACAAACAAUUAACAUAAGAAAAAUCUAGCAAAAAAUUAUUGCGUACUGCAGAUAAACAUUAAUUGAGAGUUUUUAUUUUAAGCACAAUUUAAUUAAACAACAACAACAAUCGGCUUCAAUUAAAGCGAUUGUUAUAAAUACACCGCCAAACACAGGGAUACAACAACAACAAUAUAUUUCAUAGCGCAAAGAAUUAACGAAACAAAAAAAAGUAAUCAAAAUGGAAGCAAUUGCCAAACACGACUUCUCAGCAACUGCCGAUGACGAAUUGAGUUUCCGCAAAAGCCAAAUUUUAAAGAUUUUGAACAUGGAAGAUGAUUCAAAUUGGUAUCGUGCCGAAUUAGACAGUAAAGAGGGUCUCAUACCCAGCAACUAUAUAGAAAUGAAAAAUCACGACUGGUACUAUGGCCGCAUCACACGUGCCGAUGCUGAGAAAUUGCUCUCAAACAAACAUGAAGGUGCAUUCUUAAUACGCAUUAGUGAAUCCAGUCCUGGCGAUUUCUCAUUAUCAGUCAAAUGUCCCGAUGGUGUGCAACAUUUCAAAGUUUUACGUGACGCACAGGGUAAAUUCUUCCUUUGGGUUGUUAAAUUCAACUCACUCAACGAGCUGGUGGAGUAUCAUCGAACCGCAAGCGUAUCAAGAUCGCAAGACGUGAAAUUAAGAGACAUGAUACAUGAAGAGAUGCUCGUACAAGCAUUAUAUGAUUUUGUGCCACAAGAAUCUGGUGAAUUGGACUUUAGACGCGGCGACGUCAUCACCGUCACAGAUCGUUCCGAUGAGAAUUGGUGGAAUGGUGAGAUUGGCAAUCGGAAAGGCAUCUUCCCAGCAACCUAUGUAACGCCAUACCACUCAUAAUAGAAUAGAAACUCGUAAAAUAAUGAAUAUAUAAAUGAGAACACAAAUAAAUGAAAGAAAUUUAAAUAAACAAAAACAACAACAACAACAAAACACUGCACACAAGCAACACUAAACAAAACGAAAUACAUGAAAAAACAAUA